CAAUGAGAUCGCGUAGAGUUGGAAACCAGGUCUGCUUGCCGGGUUAUUCUCAUUGCGGUUCCGGCUAUCUCUGCAACGUUAUUCGGCGGACUAGCAAGAAGACGAGAUUGCAGACGACCAUUUCCAGACCAAGUGCCUUGCUAUUUAAUUGCGACUUAAAAAUGAAAUAAUUGUAUUCGACCGAGCCCUCAUAUUGUGACCAAAAGAAACUCGACGUGCUUGCAUAAGUCACAUAAGAGGCCCAGCAUCGCUGCUUACCUGCAUUAUAUUCCAACAAGCAACGAAAGAGAAGUAUAAUCCAAGUUUUUCUCGAUUUCAUAGGCGUUAUGGAACCCCAAUCGCUGGAAAGACUGCUGAGUAUCGCUGAGAUCGAAUCAUGGGCCAUGAAAUGUCUCAGCCCCAAAGCGAUAUCGUACUAUGCAUCGGCAACAGACGACGAGUUGACUAAGGAGGCUAACGGUCGCGUGUACCGAUCCAUCAUUCUACGUCCACGUGUCUUCGUAGACUGCACCGAAUGCUCCCUCUCGACCACUAUCUUGGGUAACCAGCUCGCGCUGCCAAUCUAUGUAUCACCAGCAGCCAUGGCUCGGCUCGCGCAUCCUUCUGGAGAAACUGGAAUCGCGGCUGCAUGCUCGAAAUUCAAUGCAUUGCAAAUAAUCAGCAAGAACGCUUCGAUGACACCUGCUAGCAUCGUGGAAGCUGGUCCAGGAGCGGUCUUUGCUUGGCAACUAUACGUUCUGAAGGACAUCUCUGCCACCGAAAGGACCCUGGCUCAGAUUAGGGCGAUCCCGGAAAUCAAAUUCAUUGUUUUGACCCUGGAUGCUCCCUGGCCUGGAAAGAGGGAGGCAGACGAACGGUUCAAGAUGGGCGAAGUCGCAAGUGGUGGUGCACCACAGACUUGGGGAACUGAGGGUGGCUUGACUUGGCGAAAGACACUGGAAUGGCUGAGCACACAGACAGAUCUGCCGAUUGUGUUGAAAGGGAUUCAGACACACGAGGAUGCGAACGCUGCCACUCUAUUCCCUGUUGUCAAAGGCAUUAUUUUGUCGAACCAUGGCGGAAGGGCCUUAGACACUGCUCCUACGCCGGUUCAUGUUCUGUUAGAAAUCAGGAGACACUGCCCAGAGGUCUUCAACAAGGUUGAUGUACUGGUUGAUGGUGGCAUUAAAAGGGGCACCGAUGUUGUCAAGGCCCUUGCUCUGGGGGCUAAAGUGGUUGGCAUCGGAAGGGCAGCGCUGUAUGGGUUGGCUGUUGGGGGGCAAUGUGGUGUUGAAAGGGUAUUGAAAAUUCUCGCAGAUGAGACCAUGACGGCUAUGAAGUUGCUAGGAGUGCGCCGUAUCUGUGAUUUGACGCCUCAACAUAUCAACAUCAGUCCCUUCACGUCACAGCUCCUUGAAAGGUCUUCCAGUCUGGAAAAGGGGGAGAAAAUUGUAUCAGUGUUAUAACGUCUCAAAAAGCCAUGCUUCUACAUCGAAUACAAUAUUGAGCUUCACAAGGUGGCGGCUGAAGGCUGUUGUGGGCGGAG